AUGCCUGAACCUCCUGUCAAGAAUACUAACAAUAGAUUGGAUUUAGAAUCGCAGGAGAAAAAUUGGAAUGCGCUUAAAUCUCAUAUUAAUGAAACAAUAUAUAAUUUGACUGAGCAUAGCCUUAUAGAUUCUUUAGAGAGACUCUUACAGGUAAAUUUUAUUAUUGGUGAACAGAUUCUUAUACAUUCGAUAGUAGAAUCUAUUAAGCUGGGCGACAAAGGUAAAGUUUUAGGAGCAUUGAUUUAUCUCCUCAACACUGAAGUGCCAGAUAUUAUACAACAAAUUUGUAAUGAAAUAGUAAAGCAUUUUGUUUUUUCAUACAAUAGAAAUAUAAAUUCUUAUAUUGGAAAUUUUUCAAGUGCAUUAUCAUAUCUUUUUAACUAUGGUAUAUUACAUGAAGUCAAUAUUUUUGAAAUACUUCUAAUGUUAAUGGAAGAUAUCAACCGUUCUUCAUCAGACAUAAUAGUAUCUAUGAUUGAAAAUUGUAGUUUACGACUGCAACUAAUUGAUAAUCUCAACUAUGAUCUUUUAUAUGAGAAAAUGAGGGAACUGUUGCAAGACCCAGAUAGAAAAAUACGAAUUUAUGAUAAGAGAAACUUAGAAAGACUAUUUGCAAUCCGUAGGGACGGGCUUUCAAAGCCAGUACAACUCAUAAGUUUACCAAAGUUGGAACAGAAGGUUCACUUGGUAACAUUUCAAUAUCUUGAUUUUAACAAGGAAAAAUGUGAUUUAAAAUUUAAUUAUUUUGAAGAUUCUCCUGCUAUCGAUUUAGCGUUUGAACAAGUUAAAAAACAUUUACUAAAUAUACUACCAACGAUUGUCAAGGAUGAAUCUGAGAAAACAAAGUCUGAAAAUGGAAAUACAAUGAAAAAUGAAUUAAAUUUGCAAGAUAUGACAGAAAAUCAAGAAAUCGAGUUUAAAAAGAAAAUAUAUUUGAUAUUGAAGAGCUCAUUAAGUGGUGAUGAAGCUGCACAUAAAUUAAUAAAACUACAAGUACCUGAUCGUAAUAAGUCUAAAGUUCUUGAUAUAGUUAUUAAAUCCAGUCUUCAAGAAAGCACAUAUUCUAAAUAUUAUAGUAUUAUAUGUGAACGGUUGUGUAAUCAACAUAAAAUAUGGAAAGAAUCGUUCCAUGAAAAUUUCCAGAAAAACUAUAAUGAAAUUGAAGAGUUUGAGCCAAAUCAAUUAAGAAUUCUUGGUAAAUUUUGGGGUCAUUUAAUUUCGAGUGAUUAUAUUGGUAUGGAAAUAUUUCAACUUCUAAUAAUGAAUGAAGAACAUACGAAUGCAUCUAGCCGUAUAUUCCUAAAAUUUUUAUUCCAAGAACUAGUUGGUGAAUUAGGUAUAAAUGAAUUAAAAUUAAGAUUAAGUGAAGAUUAUAUCAAGCCAUUUGUAAAAGGGCUAUUUCCCAUGGACAAAGAUAAUGUUGAUGAUAUGAAAUACAGUAUCAAUUACUUUACGGCAAUCGGAUUAGGAGUUUUAACUGAUGAAAUGAGAGAGAAACUUCAAAUCAUUAAAGCAGAAGAAGAGAUUAAACAAGAAAGAAUACGAGCUACUUUAGAGGAAGAACAGAAUGUUAAAGAGGGAGAAGGAGAAGGAGGGCAACUUAUUAAAAAAGAAGAAGGAGAAGAAGUAAAUAUAAACAUCAAAAAUGAAGAAGCUAUGCAAGACGAAGCAAAAUAUAAAACAUUUGAUUCAUAUAAGAGAUGGAAAACCCAUAAAAGAUGUAACAGCAGAUAUGAAGCAUCUCCCAGAAAUAGACAAAGAGGUGAUAGAUAUGAAAGAAAUGGUCGUUCAAGAUAUGAAGGAAGUAGUAGAUACAAUAAUAAUACUAACAGUGCACGUGAUAAUGGUGAUCGAACGGGGAGAUAUCAAGGUAAUAAAAGAUCCCGAACACCUCCUAGAGAAAGGAGAAGAUCUAGAACACCUCCCAGGAAUAGACAGUAA